GGUAGGUCGGCUCAACUGAGGCAACAUGGUCAACGCUGGUGUUGUUGCCACGCUUCUUCUAGGAGGACUGCUUGUAAUAGCUGAUGAGGACGCAAGAGCGCAACGUUCCGCUCCAAUAUGUGGCAACUGUAAGUCUGUCUCCAACCCACGUGACUGUCGCCUCUUCAAACAAUGCCACCAUCAUCAGGUGUGCGAGACAGAGAGGGUUGGGCGUCAGUACAAUCUCCAGUGUGUGGAGAAAGAGAAAUGCAGGGCAAUCCUGAAUGAGAAGAGUAACAGGAAGAGGUUUUUAUUCACUCUGUACUCCAACAUGGAUUGCUGUUCGGACGCCUUCUGCAAUAUUCACCUGUUUAAUGACGACUUUACAACAACCGAAGAGAUAACAACUUCUCCGACGAAGGCCACACCAGCCUCUACGACAACAACAGGAGUUCCCUGUUUUGACAAAGUUGGAAUGAACUGUUCUGAUCCUCUGAACGAUGUCCACAUCUGUAAAAGCGUCAACGUGGGGCAGAGAUAUUGUCCGAAAACUUGCAAAAUAUGUUGACAGAGUUCAUAUUGGUAAAAAACUAUUCC